AUGGCUGUGCUUCGGAGGGCGAUCUGGCUCAAUGCCUCCGUCCUUGCAACGCGACAGGCCCGUACCUCGAUUACUCGCUUCCGAUUGUUGCCCGGAUCUGUGAAUCCGUUUCGCAGCCAUGUCUCAACCUGUCCCCGACAGCAACAGGCCCGGCAAUUACAAUCUAACACCAGCUCCAACACCCCUCACCUCCAGUCCUCCCUAGACUCCGCCGCUCGAACGAACCCGCAGACACUUACCGAGAAGAUAGUACAACUUCACGCAGAUGGCCUCGGCCAAGGCAGGAGAGUCAGAGCUGGGGACUAUGUGAUGCUGCGUCCUCACAAGAGUAUGACCCACGACAACUCGUUCCCUGUAAUUACUAAAUUCAUGGAAAUGGGCGCCAUAUCGGUCAGCGAUAAUCGCCAGGUUGUCAUGGCACUUGAUCACGAUGUGCAGAACGAAUCUGACCAGAAUCUGCGCAAAUAUCGUCUAAUCGAGGAGUUCGCCAACAAGCAUGGCAUAGAUUUCUGUAUGCUCGCCGCGCCGAGGCGCAACUUUCCAAAGUAUUUAGCUUACUUGGGAUAG